AUGAGUUCCGAGGACGGAUCAACACAUGCAGUGGCGAGUACCGACGCCUCAGCGCCGUCCACUUCGGCUCAACAGCACGGAGAGAAUCUGGUAGCAGAAGCUAGAGCGACGGCAGCAAGUGUGGGAGCUGAGAGCGAAGUCGAAAAGACAGCAGAGUCGAUCGAAGAGCAGCGUGUUGCUCCGACCAAAACAGACGAGGGGAAAGGCCCGGAUCGUGAUCAGGCACAACCGGAGGAGGCGCCUCAAGAAUCGCCUUCAGUAGCUCCGGCAUCUCCUACCUCAAUACCACCGUCCAUGUCGAUUCCCGAGAUCAAAGCGGCACUUGCAUCGGAGCGCGACCAGGCCAAGGCUGCUGCUGCUGCUGCAACGACCGCCGAAGGCAGUACACGCUCCACGUCCGCUCAAGCUACGCCAGUCAUUCUCGGUAUCGCAGUAGUCGACUUCAACCAUCUCGUCGGGCCACAGGUUGAGUACACACAUCCAAAGGAACUUCAGCAGGACGAGGAUCUCAUCAAGUCGCUCCCCUUCCUCGCGCUCCCAGAUGGCAGCCACCUGUCGGACGAGGAUUUCUGCUACUUCCACCUACACUGCCCCAAGUUGUCCAGUUCGACCAUCUUUGGUAUCUCUUGCAACCGUCAGAUCGCCGCCAACGCUCUUCUCAAGAAAGGCGCCGAGGUCACAAGGAGCACCGUGCAGAAAGCCAUCGUUGUCUUGGCGAAAGAGCCCGUCUUCGGGCCGAUACGUGAGAAGCUCGGAAUCGUCACGCGCGCUUUCUUCGCUCAAGGUGACCUCGCCGAUGUCGAUAUCCUACUCGACUUCCACUCAACACUCGAGAUCGGGUUGCAAAGCGGUGGGAUGUCCGAAGACCGCGAGACGGUCAUGUACAUGGGCACGUCGCUGCGCGAGCUCGUCCACAAAUGGCGCUUCAAGACGCUCAUGCUCGUCAAACUUCUUCUCCUACAGCGGCGUGUCAUGUUCUUUGGCUACCCCGUCGAGCAGCUCUGCAACUACCAGUACUCGCUCGUUUCGCUCAUCCCGGGACUGCUUCUCAACUUGCAAGACGCCGGCGAUCCAGCACUGCAUACUCGACAAGGUAGGACUGAUGCUGCCGACAGCCUGCGCUCAUCGGAUCGCAAGAGUCUGCUCAAGUUCCUCGGGAUGCCUCUAGACAUUUUUGGCCAAGACGCCUUCUUCCAGCCGUACUGUCCCUUGCAACAGAUCGACCUGCUCAAGUCUCGCACCUGGCUCGUCGGAACGAGCAACAGCAUCUUCAAGCAGCAGCGAGACUGCAAGAUCGAUGUCAUCGUCGACCUCGAACACGCGCAUCUCGAAUUCCAGGAUCCAAGACUGCACCAGAUGGUCAAUCUCACACCAGAGGACCGCAAGUGGAUGGACGAGGUGAUCUCUUCCGUGGUCGAGACGUGGAAUCCAGCUGAUCCGACACGGCCCUCCUCGAUGGGCUUCCACGGCAGCGACGAUCACCUGCGCAUCCGCUUCGAGGACUACAUCUGUGCCAUGCUGUCGUCGACAAAGUACGCCGACUUCCUGGCCAAGAGUGAUCCGGAGCAGGUGGCGAUUCAGGCACCGGAUGCAUCGACAACCUCCAGCUUCGGUGCCGAUUUCCUUGCAGCGCUUCGAUCUACUGAAGCUUUCGCUCUUUGGAACUCGGUCACAGAUCCAAUGCUGUUCGACAUUGUGGAUCACAAGCAUCCGUGCGAGGGCAAGACGUCGACCAUUGAGGACGUCGGGCUGCGUCUCUCUGCAGGUCUGCACGAUCUUCGGCUCGAAGAGAAUCUGGCACCCACACGAGAGGCGAUUGGCAGCGCACUGCAAGCCGGCAGUGCCAACUUCUACCGCCUUGCUAGCAACCUGGGCAAGGACAUUGCCAAGUUUAGGGACAAUCACAUUGCUGUAAACCAGUCUGCUGGUGGCCAGGGUCCUGCGACACCGGGUAGCGCUGGAGGCGUCGGCGGUCUUGCAACGAGAUUCGGCUUCUUCGGGUCGAAUGCGCCGUCAACGUCAAGCGCCCAGCCGAAUGCGACCAACAGCGGCGCAGCGAGGACGUCUGGAUCCAUCACAGGCGAGGCCAUUGAUGCAGAUGGGCAACAUACAGAACGAUCCGGACGGGUCGCAUCCAGCGACGUGCCCGGCAACGCGGCUGCCUUCAACGCCAACGAAGCUCUGAACGCUGCAGGUCAAGCCGCUGCUCAAGCUGGAACUCAGGUGCGGGCGGCGCUGGGCAACUUUGGAUCCUUCCUUUCGGCACGUCAAAAGUCGUGGGCGGCCACUCGCGGGACCAGCCCGAACAGCAGUAGCAGCACACACAACCCUCAAUAA